AUGAGGCCGUCCCAGUUGCUAGCCGCGGUAGUGGCUCUCUCGUCUGUCACUGCCGCCACGUCCAAUGUCUUCGACAGCAUAAACGCGUUGGCAGAUGCCAAGCACAUGCUAUUUGCCCGACAAGACAACCAGGACGACAAGAGCAGCUCGGCGAAGGAGGCCUCGACCACAGAUGCUCCCAAGGAGACCGAUCAGGCGUCCGAGACCGACAAGCCAACAGCAACCAAGAGCGAUGCGAAGACGACCGCCAAGGACGCCAGCACGACCGACAAAGACUCGAGCGACAAGGCUUCUAAGACGACGAGCAAGGCCAAGGUCACCAACUUCGGCGCUGAUGUCCAAGCUGGAGGCAUCCAGAUGGUCACCCCGAACCCAUACUUAGGCGCCCAGUACUACAAGGUUGGCGAUUGGGUCACCUUCGCAUGGAACUACACUUCUCUCUCCAUCACACCCUCGGCCAUCGACAUCCUGGCCUCGUGCUCCGUCAACCAGCAGACCUACACCAUCGCUGUGAACCACUCUGUGCAAGCGACUGAUACUAUCUACUGGGACACCGGUGCCUACAAGAGCAGCCACCCUAACGGCCCCGAAUUCGUCAGUGAGACCUACACGCUGCUCAUUUACGAUGCCCAGUCCAGUGUCAGUGCUACUGCUAAGCCUGGCUACUUGGCUCCAUACAGCCAAUUCUACUUUGGCAUGUACACACCGCAGCCUUAUGUCAAUUGGUCUGAAUUCGAGUGCGCCAACUGCUUGAAGAACGACGCCUUCUCUAUCUUCGCGAGCGGCACGACCAAGGUUCUCUUCGUCACCUUUGGGACUACCAUCGCUUCCUUCCUGUACUUCGCCAUGGCUUUCGGCAUAAUAUGA